AAAUGUUAAUGUUUACUAAGCAAACUUUUAAAAACUAUUUUAUUUACACUGGUGACCUGCUUUUCUGUACGUCUCUGUAAGAGUGUCAGUUAAGUCCCCACUUAUUUUCCAUCUGGGAUGUAAGCACGCCAGGAUGUAAAUGCAGCAUUCAGAAAUGUGUUUUCGUAUGUUUAAUUCUUAAUUUACAGCUUAGAUUCUGGAAGAAUCACAGCAUGUAUGCAUGUUGUGAAAGGAGAUCCGGCCAUACUUUUUUUUACAGCUAUAAAACACUAGAGUGGGACAAACUUAGAAAGCAUCUCUUAAAUAAUUCUGAUCAUGAAAGUAUAUGUGCAAUAUUUUCUCUUCCUGUUUCAAGAAAAACACUCUUCCCAUGGACACAUAGCCAAGUUGACAUGGUGGUGUUCGGGUUUGACUUUGUUUGGCUGAAUUCAGAACUCAUUGGUGUGUAAUACUGUCAUCCCAAUCUUUCAGCUUCAUUUCCACCGUUGUAUUUUGAUUGACCUGUGAUUAGAAGUGGUGGGACUCCAGGUCUCACUCAUAAGCCAGAGCUGCUCCCUUUUGAAGCAGAACAGAGAGGUCUAGAAGGUGGAGGGGAAGGACACAGAAGCAGAUAUACCAGAGUUUCUUGAAUGAAACAAGAUCUCCACAGACCACCAAAGACCACCAAGAGUUCAACUCAUAAGCAAAAGCAAAGAGUCUUUAUUCAAGCUCAAGCUUGGACCUUCUAACCUCCCCAGCACAGUGGAUGGUGUGGAAGCUUCUGGGCUGGUAACAGCCUUGUGUUUUAUCAUGGUAGCAGGUAUUGGGAUCAAAUGUGUUUGCCACCACCGCCAAGCCAGUCUCUUUAGCUUGAUCUUAUGGUUCUGGAUUCAAUAAGACCGAGUUCCAGUCUUUUUUCCUGAGACAGAAAGUCAGAGAAGAGUGACAGAGAGAAAUGGCUGCUUCUCCAGGAAGUGUGCCCCAGGAGGAGUGGGAAUGCCUGGACCCUGCUCAGAGGACUUUGUACAUGGAUGUAAUGUUGGAGAAUUACAGGAAUCUAGUCUUUGUAGAGAAUCAUCGCGUAAGUGGAAAAUAUGAAAAAAUCCUCUAUCAAGGUACAAAGCAUGUAGUCCAUCAGCCUGUGAAUAUCCAAGAGAAAUCCUAUGAAUGUAACGAGUUUGGAAAAAUGGUUCAUGAAUCCUCUCAAUGUACAUUGUAUGACACACAGUAUACUGCACAAAACUGCAGUAAUGGUAAACACAAGGAUGCUUCUGUUGAGUCUUCAACCAUAAACAGACAUAAAAGAGGGAACUCUAGAGAAGAACCUUGCAAGUUUAAAGACUGUGUAUACUGUUUAAAUUUGUUUCCCAUCAUCAGUCAGGAUCAAAGAAUCCAUUCAUGCCUCAGUAUACACCAGAGAAAUCAUUCUGGAGAGAAACCCCACAAAUGUAAGGCUUGUGGCAAGUGCUUUUACCAGUUAUAUCAGGUUAAAUACCAUUACAAAACCCAUAUUGGACAGAGACCUUACAAAUGCAGUGAAUGUAAUAAAUGUUUUUGCCAACUCAUGCACCUAAGAAGCCAUCAGACAAUUCAUACAAGGGAGAAACACUACAAAUGCAAUGAAUGUGGCAAAAACUUUAGCCGAAUGACAUACUUAAGAACCCAUCAGAGAAUUCAUACAGGGGAAAAACCUUACAAAUGUAGUCAAUGUGAAAAAUGCUUCAUUCAGAAAGCCCAACUUACAAUACAUCAGAGAAUUCACACAGGAGAAAAACCAUACAAAUGCAGUGAAUGUGAGAAAUCCUUUACAUGCUGCUCAGGCCUUAGAAAACAUCAGAGAGUUCAUACAGGAGAAAAACCUUACAAAUGUAGUGAAUGUAAGAAAUCUUUUACCAGUGGCUCAGAUCUUAGAAGACAUCAGAAAAUUCAUACUGGAGAGAAACCUUAUAAGUGCAAUGAAUGUGACAAAUGUUUUAUUCAGAAAGUCCAACUUAGAAUACAUCGUAGAAUUCAUACAGGAGAUGAACCUUACAAAUGCAGUAACUGUGUCAAAGUCUUUACCCACCUCUCAGGUCUAAGAAAACAUCAGAAAAUUCAUAGUACUGAAGGAAAGUUUCCAUUAGUAAAGAAUGUAGCGUGUGCUUUAUCCAAAUUCUGCCCUUAAAAACCAUUGCAUGCCCCAUACUAGAAAAUCACUAUGAACAUGAGAAAUUUCUGAAAUCCUGUAAGUAAUGUUCAAAUCUUAGAAAACAUCAAGAGUUUACAUUGAGGAAAAAUUAUUAAAAUGUGACAAUGUACCAACUACUUUAUUAAAAAAUUUACUUUUUCAACCUCAAAUACUUCAUAAUGAAGACAAUAUGGAAAAGCCUGAAGAGUGUUCUGUUUGUGUAGCAGUUUCCUAGAGACUGAAAUAUUCCGUCCUGAAGAGAAGCUGAUAAGGGCAGGAAAUAUAACUGCCAAAUGGCUUCAUAAAGUUCUAGAAACAGGAUUCACUCUACUUAACUCCCAUAAAGAAACUAAGAUCACACAAUAUUUAGUAGAAGCUUUGACAACCUGAACCACCAAAAUAGGAUGCAUUUUAUCCAGUAGAUAUGCCUGCAUUUGUACAGUGUGCUUCAAAUGUCCAGUGUUAAGUUGUUUUCCAUGUUGGAUUGGAGUUUCCUGAUGGGGACUGUCUUUGAGUCCGUUCUGCUGUUGUAAGCACCUCCUUCCCCAUAAUUCUGUAAGUAGCACCAAUAAAGGUCAUUGGUCAACAAGAUGGACUUGGUGGCAAGGCAUACUUUGUUGUCAGUUCCCAAUCCUGGAAAAGUCUCUCAUACAUGUUCUGGACCUGUUAUAUAUUCUCUUGUCAUGUUCACCAGAAAAUUAAUGUUGAAGAGAAAGCAUUUGAUCAGCUAAAGUUUGGAAGAUUGUAUGUACUUACUUCUCCAGUCUUAUUGCCAUAGUAAUAUUUGGUCUUGUUAAAAGGGCUCAACAUAGACAGAAUGUAGAGGGUUAGGAAAUCCAGAGUGGAAGCUACUCUCUCUUUCUUGGAAUAGAGAGUGAGAGGUAUAUAAGGGGAAAAUGAAAAUACAGUUACAAAACUGUCAGUGACAGACAUUGUCCAAAUUGGGCUGUGUCCAUACAUGGCUCUGAACUCAUGCUUAGCAUCCAUGAUUCAGUAAAAGAGCAAUGACCCUCAGUACAGUAUUGCCUGUGGACAAAUACUGGUCCACAUGGUCUCCUUAUGUACCUCUGUGCCAUAGAAAUUCCAUCCUUUGAGCCCAAUGAUGUGAAAUAAAUAUUGUUAAAUCCUUUAUUCAGUGCUAUGUGGUAGGCAUAUCAGAAAAACCAUGGACUAAAACUCAGGAAAAUGUAUUAAUAAAGACAUAUAUUUAACUUAA